CUAUUCUUAUCUAAUUAGUUGUUAAAACCAGCAAAUCAUUGACAUUAUAAGGAACUUCGAAGAAAAUUAAUUAUAAACAAAAUUAAAAACCAAAACGGGAGAUGAAGUUAUGGAAAUGCGCCGCCGCAGUUAUCAAAGACGGACCUAGCCUCAUCGCGGCGGACGACAUUCUCACACAAGCCGUGGUGAAAGCUACGAGCCACGGCGAGCUCUCCAUCGACACAGAGAGCGCCCAGUUCAUCUACCGUCACGUCCUCGCAAGCCCGUCGAGCCUCAAGCCUCUGAUAAGCGCAAUCUCGUCUCGCGUGAAACGCACACGAAGCUGGGCGGUUGCGUUAAAAGGCUUAAUGCUGAUGCAUGGCUUCUUCCUCUGUAAGACCACCGUCGCCGAAUCUAUCGGACGGUUACCGUUCGAUCUUUCGAGUUUCGGCCAAGGUAAUUCACGGAUUAUGAGCAAAACCGGUGGGUUUAGUCUCUUUGUACGCACUUAUUUCGCGUUUCUUGAUCGGAGAUCGAUUCUGUUCCACGAUGGGAACCGUCAUCGGUACGAUGAAGAGUCUUCGGUUAUGAUUCGUCUUGCGAUCAUACAUAAGAUGCAAGCUAUCGUUGAUUCUUUGAUUAGGAUCAAACCAAUUGGUGAGAACAUGCAUAUACCUUUGAUCGUUGAAGCUAUGGAGAAUGUGAUUACUGAGAUUUUGGAGAUUUAUGGUUGGAUUUGUCGUCGGAUCGCUGAAGUUUUACCUAACGUGCAUUCCAAGGUUGGGAAAACAGAGGCGGAUAUUGCGUUGAAGAUCGUUGCUAAAUCUGUGGUUCAAAGUAAAGAGCUUGUUAAGUAUUUUGAGUUCUGUAGAGAUUUGGGAGUCUCUAAUGCUCAAGAGAUACCUGAUUUCGUAUCAAUACCUGAAUCGGACGUGUUACUUCUCGAUGAACUUGUACGGACGCAGGUGAAAGAAGAUCAACGAGAAGCGACGGAGACAGAUUCGUGUGAGGAAGGUGCUGCGGAGAUUGAAGAAGAAAGAGAGACCAAUGGUGUUAUGCUUCUUUCUGAUCUGAUAACACUUGAACAGAAUGAAGAAGCACCUGUUUCUCCUCCUCCCAAAGCUAUUGAUAUUCCUGACUUAAUUAGCUUUUAAUUAUGUUUAUGUUCUGUAUUAAUUUGGAUUUCUGUUUAUAUGAUUCACAGUUCGUAUAAAAUUUGGCGCUAAAUUGCGUUACUAGUU